AAACCUAUACAUUUGUCAAAAGCACAUGUGACAUGUGUAAUUUCCAUUAUGGUUUUAACACUACUUUCAUCACUUUUUUCUGCUUUUAUCAUUUCUAAAAUAUAAAUCAAUCUGAGUUGACACACAUCAAAGGAAUAAAAAUAUUUAUAAACGAUUGAAUUAAAUAAAUUAAACAGCUUGUACAAUUGACAACACUUCAUAACUUUGAUUAAUAUAAAUUUAAAUAAUGGCUCAAGAUUUAUACACUAGAAAUCCUUGUCCAUUGCGUAUUGUUGAGGAUACUGGUGGUGCAUUUGCACUAGGUCUCAUUGGUGGUGGAUUAUUUCAAGGUAUACAAGGUUUUCGUAAUGCACCAAGUGGCUUAAAUAAACGUUUUAUUGGAAGUAUAACAGCAAUUAAAACACGUUCACCAAUGCUCGCUGGUAGUUUUGCAAUGUGGGGUGCUACGUUUGCAUCAGUUGAGUGUACACUUAUACAUUAUCGUCAAAAAGAAGAUCCAUGGAAUACAAUAAUGAGUGGUACAAUAACUGGUGCUAUAUUAGCAACAAGAAGUGGUGUUGGUGCAAUGGCUGCUAGUGCUGUGUUUGGUGGUGUAUUACUUUCACUCAUGGAGGUCAUAGGUGUAUUUACGACUCGUAAGAAUGCUGAAGUAUUUAAACAACAACCCCUUGAUUUUGGACAACCACCAGAAGGAUAUCAACUACCAGAAGGAUAUCAACCACCAGAAGGAUAUCAUCAAUAAAAUUUUAUAUUAGAAAUA